CAGAUUGCCUGAAGUACUAGGUAAGUAAGUGUUACUGGAAGACGAAUAUAUAGAGAUGUACAAUUUAAGGGAGGUUUUUUUUUUUUCAAUUCUAGUCUACCUACUUACGCCGAUAUUCAACAACAAGUACCUGAGUACCGACCUAACAUACUAGUCCACGAUGGCUUCAAUUACAGAAAGGAUUAGAACAGCGAGUGAACGCCACAACGAGUUAUUGGCUAUUCUCUCCGAGACAGACCAUGCCCAGCCCGCACUACAACAGCAGACACGCUACGUCAGCGAUCUCAAUAAUGAGCUCUCAGUCGUCCAGCAGCGUAUUGCCACGCUAGACAAACAACGAGCUAAGGAAUUCAAGGAACAUAAGAGGUAUCGCGACUCGGUUAUGAAGCGCUUCGCCUAUCGUGUCGGAGGUAAAGCAGAGAAGUUCCAGGCCAAAGCCGAGAAGGAAGAACGAGAGUACUUCGAUGUCCUGCAACAAGAACACCAAGCCAAAGAGCAAGAGAAUACUCUGAGGGAUAUGCGCUCCAAGGCGAUAGAAGUACAAAGUGACUUAGAAGCAGGGGUCACCCGCCAUACAGAUGCCCAGCAGCAACUCGACAAUCUCUACGACAGCAUUUUCCAAGGUCCGACGCCGGUCUUCCCCGAAGAAGACCGUUUGGAGGAAACUGCCGAGAGUGCUUUGCAGAUUUAUCACAACUCUCGUGUAGUGAUGGAAACAGAGCUUCAGGUCGUCCAAAUUUUAACAGAAGCGCAAAACCGGCUUCGCGAGUCUAUGAACUAUACCGAAGAGGCACUAGACCACAGCCGGAUGGACAUGUUUGGUGUUGGUGGGUCUCUAAUGGAUAUGAUGGAACGUGAUGCACUGCAGAAAGCUGAGAUACAGGUCAGCCAGACGCUAUCCCUCGUACGUCAGGCACAGCGCAUGUCACCAAUUGUGCGGGAUCUCCCACCUAUCAACGUUGCGGAAGGCAGCCUCAUUAGCGACAUCUUAUUCGACAAUAUCUUCACUGAUAUGGCAUUUCAUGAAAAGAUCAAGGACUUCCAAUUGGAUCUUCAACGAGCUCUGGAUAACAUACGGGGCCAGCUAGCCUCGGCUACAUCAAGAUAUCAAGGGGCUGAACAGGAGAUGACCGCCCACGCAGCGACCCUCAAAGCCGCGAGGGAGGAACUGCAGAAAGCGAGAGAACGUAUCUUCGAACGAAUAAUCAACGACAAUGUGGCUGAACUGCCAACCCCUGCCGACGAUCCUCCUCCAUACUGAAUAGGGAUCUUGUAGCACACAACGGUCUCUCAAAGGGAAAAGACGAAGAGGGCCCACCGUUAUUUAGGCAUGCGAACGCUAUAGGCUAUC